AUGACUUCUGGGCCUACCUGGGCUGCCAGCCCCACUCCCGGGGGCACCUUCUCUGCCCUCAAUGCCACCACACCCUGGCUGGGCCGGGAUGAGGAGCUGGCCAAGGUGGAGAUCGGCGUCCUGGCCACUGUCCUGGUGCUGGCGACAGGGGGCAAUCUGACUGUGCUGCUGACCCUGGGACAGCCAAGCCGCAAGCGCUCCCGCAUGCACCUGUUUGUUCUGCACCUAGCCCUCACUGACCUGGGCGUGGCACUAUUCCAGGUGCUGCCCCAGCUGCUGUGGGACGUCACCUACCGCUUCCAGGGCCCUGACCUCCUCUGCCGGGCUGUCAAGUAUCUCCAGGUGCUCAGCAUGUUUGCCUCCACCUACAUGCUGCUGGCCAUGACGCUGGACCGCUACCUGGCUGUUUGUCACCCUCUGCGCAGCCUCCAGCAACCCAGUCAGUCCACCUACCCGUUCAUCGCCGCUCCCUGGUUGCUGGCUGCCGUCCUCAGCCUGCCUCAAGUCUUCAUCUUUUCUUUGCGGGAAGUGAUCGAGGGCACCGGGGUGCUGGACUGCUGGGCAGACUUCCGCUUCCCUUGGGGGCCUCGGGUCUACAUCACCUGGACCACCCUGGCCAUCUUUAUCCUGCCCGUGGCCAUGCUCACAGUCUGCUACAGCCUCAUCUACCAUGAGAUCUGUAAGAACCUAAAAGUCAAGACACAGGCCCGGAAGGCGGAAGGAAGAGGCUGGAGGGCCUGGGACAGGACCUUGCCUUCUGGCCCAGCCGCAGCCACUCGGGGGCUGCCGUCCCGAGUCAGCAGCAUCAGCACCAUCUCCAGGGCCAAGAUCCAAACUGUGAAAAUGACUUUUGUCAUUGUGUUGGCCUACAUCGCCUGCUGGGCACCCUUCUUCAGCGUCCAGAUGUGGUCCGUGUGGGACAAGAACGCUCCUGAUGAAGAUUCAACCAAUGUGGCUUUCACCAUCUCCAUGCUCUUGGGCAACCUCAGCAGCUGUUGCAACCCUUGGAUCUAUAUGGGCUUCAACAGCCACCUGCGCCCGCGCCCGCUGCGCCGCCUGCCCUGCUGCUGGGGGCCCCAGGCGCGCCCCCAGCUCUCCAGCCACAGCCCCUCGAGCCGCCGCACCACGCUGCUGACCCGCUCUAGCGGCCUGCCCCCCCUCCCCCUCAGCCCCAGCCUCAGUGGGGGCCCCGGGCCUGAAGGCUCACCCAAAGACUCAGCGCAGGUGGACGCAGAGGCCUCCACAGAGACCAUCGCCUUUUAG